GCCGAGAACAUUCUGCUGUUGGCACGUCGCUUUGUUUUAUGGCAGUAGAAGAAUCGUAGCCUAUGCAUUCACUGGCUGAAAGAUGAGUAAGCGGAAUGGAACCAUGCUGAGUUGUGUCUUCGCGCCUACGUCACGAUGCAACACGUUUGGCGCACCACACCUGAGAAAUUUUACAUCGAGGCUUGUGACGAUGGAUCUGUGGACGUAUUGGUCAUCGAUAGGGUGUCGACUGAGAUGACUGUCGCAGCGAGGAGGGACGUUCCUGCAUCUGCUGAGACCAGGCCGAUAUGUGGACUCAUGGGGACACUGCGUUUGGUGGCAGGCAUGUACCUGAUUGUCAUCACCAAGAAGACGAAGGUGGGGGAUCUGCUCGGCUAUGCUGUAUGGAAGGCUGUGGAUUUUGACAUCAUCUCCUACAAGAAGACAAUAAUCCAUCUAACAGACAGCCAGAUGCAAGACAGCAAGACCUACUUGUCCAUGAUCAACAGCGUCAUUCAUACAGACAGCUUCUACUUUGCAACAGACUACGACCUGACCCACACUCUGCAACGGCUGGCCAACACCAGUCCUGAAUUUCAGGAGAUGAGCCUCCUGGAGAGGGCAGAUCAGCGUUUUGUGUGGAACGGCCACCUGUUAAGGGAAUUCAUUGCACAACCAGAGUUACACAAGUUUGUAUACCCCAUCAUCCACGGCUUCGUCACCAUGAAGUCCAGUUGUAUCAAUGGAAAAGUGUUUGAGUGGAGUAUUAUCUCCAGGAGGAGCUGCUUCAGAGCUGGCGUACGAUACUAUGUCCGAGGGAUUGAUUCCGAGGGCCAUGCUGCAAACUACGUGGAGACGGAGCAGAUUGUGCAGUACAACAAUGCCAAGGCAUCCUUUGUUCAGACAAGAGGAUCAAUCCCCUUUUACUGGUCCCAAAGGCCCAACCUCAAGUACAAGCCAAGACCACAGAUAAGCACAACAGUCAAUCAUUUGGAUGGAUUCCAGAGGCACUUCGACUCACAGAUUAUUCUUUAUGGGAAACAGGUCAUUUUGAACCUGAUCAACCAGAAGGGCUCGGAAAAGCCACUGGAGCAGGCAUUUGAAAAGAUGGUGGCCUGCUUAGGAAACGGCACCAUCAAGUACAUCGCAUUUGACUUCCACAAGGAGUGCAGUAGGAUGAGGUGGCACCGCCUCCAGCUGUUGUUGGACAUGGUUGGCGAAAUCCAGGAGGAGUUUGGGUACUUCCUGGUGGAUUCAGAUGGGAAGGUGCAGUUGAACCAGGAGGGGGCAUUUCGGAGCAACUGCAUGGACUGUCUGGACCGCACCAAUGUCAUCCAGAGUCUGUUGGCCAGACGCUCGCUGCAAUCACAGCUACGGAGAAUGGGGGUCCUACACAUCAACCAGCACAUUGAGGAUCAAGCAGACUUUGAAAAGAUGUACAAGAAUGCUUGGGCAGACAAUGCAGAUGCGUGUGCCAAACAAUAUGCCGGCACUGGAGCCUUGAAGACGGACUUCACCAGGACAGGCAAGAGAACUCAGUGGGGGCUGCUGAUGGACGGCUGGAACUCAAUGAUCCGAUACUACAAAAACAACUUCUCUGAUGGUUUUAGACAGGACUCAAUAGACCUGUUCCUUGGUAACUUUGCUGUUGAUGAAGCUGACAUGACGACACCGCUGCGCAACCCCAAAGAUUGGAAGUUCCUGACUCUGCCCAUAAUCAUGGUGGUGGCGUUCUCCAUGUGUAUCAUCUGCUUGCUAAUGGCUGGUGACACGUGGACGGAGACUUUGGCUUACGUUCUGUUCUGGGGAACAGCCAGCGUGGUGACAGGCGGCGUUAUCCUCUUCAACGGGCGGGAGUUUGUCGAUGCUCCAAAGCUGGUGCAGAAAGAGAAGCUGGACUGAAUGUGUGUGUGUGGAAAGCAGCUCCGCCCUGGCGAGCUCACCACCUCGUCGUCACUUUACCCCCAGCAGCAUCACCACCACCAUCAUCAGCAGGCCUGGAGCCUGUACUAGCACAGAGAGGGUGGAGCGGAGGAAGGUGAGGAGGUCAGCUGCUGCUAUCCACACUGCUGCGAUACUCAAGACUGCACAGUCUGCACAUAGACUCGUAUGUACACUGAACUUCUGGGGGUUUCAUGUACUUAGAAAGUACUUCACCCAUCACGGAGAAUAUUAGUGGACAUUUUCAACAUCUCCGCUCGCUAAUUGUUCUUAAAAGCCUUGAUACACAGUAUAUUGACUAGUUAGCAGGAAUUACUAAGCAUUGUGCAGUUGAAAUGAUGCGAGCCUCGUUGUAAAUUCCAUUUUCGAUUGCGGUUGCUUCAUUGCAAACUGCUGCAAGUGUAUACACUUUAAAAUAAAUAGAAUUUGCAAUCAGGCUUGAAUCAUUUUGUGUUCAGUAAAUGAUCAUUCCGUCAUUUAAAGAGGAACAAUGAGAUGCUGAAUGUAAACAAUACUCCCUUUUGCAGUACAUGCCCCAUAUAAUCACCUGCAACAGUGAUCAUGUGCCGAAGUGUAUCGCCACUGCAAAUACACAUCACACAUUUGUGGCAUCUGUAGCCGGAGCUGCAGUGGCUUAGGAGGUGGAGUGACCAACGGUUGGCGCAUCCUCCAUCCCAGUCGUUUUCUUCUGUUCUGUUGUGCCCUUGGGCAAGACAC